AUGGAUAGAAAAGCAUCCAUUCUCCUGCUAGUGGCAUUCAUCAUUCUCGUGGUGUUGUUCACCACUAGACCAGAUGAAAGCUCUUUCCACCGUCAAAUUUCUUUACAAGUCAAACAAAGCAGCGGCAUGCUAUGGGGAAUUUUAUCACUUGAUGGACUAGUCAAGGCUGCAACAGCCAAACUGAUGAGAUAUGACAGCUAUGGGAUUUUUGCAACCAUGUCUUUGGCUCACGGACGGUAUGGACGCUCUCCUCUGAGAUCGCUGGGUCUGUUUUACACAUGGUUUGAUGUGUCAGGGCUCACGGUAUUGGAUCACUUACCUCGACCAGAUGCGCUCGUUCAUUGGGUGGAUCAAAUUCGAUCGAAUUGUCCGGCAUGUAGGCGAGGAAUAUGCAUGCCAAUGUCCAUUUCACCGCCUACAUCAAGCUGCGUGUGUAUACCCGGUUACAUUGGAGUUAGAUGCGACAGACCCCUUCCCAACACAGUAACAAUAUGGGACGCUUAUUUUGAAACUCCGCUUGCAGUUGCAGCUGCUCUCCACCCACAACUAUUGGUGCCUAUAUCGGACUGGUCGCGAUCACCAACAGUAUUUGGAAUUCCACUAUUGUAUCUAUCUCGAAUUCACGCUAGUCUACCGUCUUAUAUGCGUGCAUGGGGUCUGGUCAAUAUCUCGCAAUACAUUGGUAUUCUUGAGGUUCUGGUAGGCACCAUGAUUAUCGUGCAUCUGUUAUGGCAAUUUGUACGAUUAACAGGAUCACUCAGAUUGGAGAUGAGUCUUGUGGAAACAUUUACAACAUCCUAUAACCAGAUCGUGCACAAAUAUCAAAUUGCAACUGUUUUUAUGAGUCAAUUGAGUCACGUAUCACUGGUUCAUCUGGCGUUCAAUGUAUAUGGAUUUGCAAACUAUGCUCCACUAGUGUAUCAAGAGAUUGGCCAUUCUAGAUUUGUUGUGUUUGUGGGUGCUACAAUGGUAUUGGUGGUAGGGACGUCAGUUGGGCUAGCAUGGGCAAUGAGCGGACAUCGCGUAGGUUGGAAACUCGAGAGGGUUUCAGGUGCUAGCGGAUGGAUCAUGGCGCUACGACUUUUUUCAUUGCUGGAAAAGAUAAUAGUUUUCAAACAUGGUACUAAAUUGCAGUGGUGGAAUAAGAACAAUGUUGGAGUGAUGCAACAGCUGAUGCGGAUGGAUUGGGGCGAAGUGUGGGCUAUAGUUGGUCCCCAAUUGGUUAUGGAUGUAAUUGUUGGAGGGAAUCUUGGGGCUGACGUGGGAGGGAUAGUUGCUGCUGUUGCCUACUGUUGGUAUAGUUUAGCUUUUGUUUGA